CCAUUAAUUAUCUGUCUUCCGACCGACAGCAAAUAAUUUGUUUUCCCCUGUUCUCUUCAUCAUCAUCUUCUUCUUCUUCUUCUCCCUUUCUUCCUCCACAGUCAUUCUUCAUACUUAACCCAUAUGAUCAGAUCUCCAAAGAACGACCCCAUUUCACUUCCCUUUUUCAUCCGAGUAAUUUAUGCAAAUGGGCUGUCGAGUUAGCCUUCUCUUCUUCGUGAUGUGCAUUGCUCGGGCGAUGAGCGAAAGCACUCUUCUUAACAACAGCAUCGAUGCCGGCUGGAGUCAGAGCUACGAGCAGUUCCUCCUUGCCAAUGGCGUCGCUCGGACGCCUCCAAUGGGGUGGAACAGCUGGAAUCAUUUCUUCUGCAACAUCGAUGAAAGGACUGUGAAGGCUACUGCGGAUGCUCUAGUUUCAACUGGUCUUGCAGCGCUCGGAUACAAAUAUGUCAAUAUUGAUGACUGCUGGGCUGAGAGGGACAGAGACUGGAAGGGGAACCUGAGGGCAAAGUCAUCCACUUUCCCUUCGGGGAUCAAAGCACUUGCUGAUUAUGUCCAUGCAAGGGGCUUAAAGCUCGGGAUAUAUUCCGACUCCGGUUACACAACUUGCAGCAAGACGAUGCCGGGUUCCCUUGGGCAUGAAGACCAGGAUGCUAGAACCUUCGCUGAAUGGGGGGUGGAUUACUUGAAGUACGAUAACUGCUACCACGAUGGUUCGAAGCCUCAACAGAGGUACUCAAGGAUGAGCUCCGCCCUUCUGAAAGCUGGCCGGCCCAUUCUAUAUUCUAUCUGUGAAUGGGGAGAAGAGGAUCCUGCUAGAUGGGCGGGUCGGUUUGGUAAUGCUUGGAGAACCACCGGGGACAUCAAAGACAAUUGGGAUAGUAUCACUUUGAUCGCAGAUUCAAACAAUGUGUGGGGAAGGUUUGCAGGACCGGGAAGGUGGAAUGACCCUGACAUGCUAGAAGUAGGUAACGGAGGGAUGAGCCUAGAGGAAUAUCAAUCUCAUUUCAGUAUCUGGGCAGUCAUGAAAGCUCCUCUGCUCAUUGGGUGUGACAUACGAGCUGUGAGAAGGGAAACCCUUCAUAUCCUUGGGAACAAGGAGUUAAUUGAGAUCAAUCAGGAUCCUCUUGGAGUACAAGCAAGAAAAAUCCGAUCAAGAUCGGGCCUAGAAGUUUGGGCAGGGCCGUUAUCAAAGAAGCGCUUGGUAGUUGUCUUAUGGAACAGAAGUGGUUCAUCAGCUCCGAUAUCGGUGGGAUGGAGAGAAAUUGGACUCUCUCCUUUCAGCAAAGUCAUUGUUCGAGAUGUUUGGACGCACUCAUUCGUCUCGAAGGGUACGAGGUUCCGGCUGACCGCUCAUGUUGCUCCUCAUGCUUGCAAGGUUUAUGUUUUCACCCCCCUUUAAACAUGGAGGCAAGAGGAAAUGUUAUCCGGAUCGGCUCUCAAGAUUUGCAUCUGCCGUACUGGUUGAGGGGCAACCUCCCUCGCUGUAUAACAAGUCCGUUCAUAAUGAAAAUUUCUAUUCUGUUAGGACCCCUCGAUAUUCCAGCGAUCUCCAAAAUCUUAAUUUGAGUACUGUAAUUACGAUUUGCGAAGUCAUAAAGUUGAAUGAUUUUGAUUAUACAUGCAUAAUAGCAUCAAGAUUCUGCA